UGUAGGCGGGAGUGGAGGCGUGCUGUAGGAUGUACCUUGGUCAAUACCUUCAACUUCAACUUAGGUACCUCAUCUCCUCGAACCAACAUUUGUAUUGGCAGGCUGAAGAAAAUCGUGUUGUGAUCAAGACGUUCGAGUGAUUGGUUUGCGAGUAUGUGGACUACUGUACUGUUGGUGGUGGCCGGAUUCAGUGCCUUGGCUGCGUCGCAGGCACCAUGUGAGUCUCCUGGCCAGUGGGACGCGCACUUCUCCAUGUUUGACCCGGCUCAAGGACAUGAAUUCUACGUGAAUGGCGAUUACCACUAUGACAAGACGGGCAUGAGGAAAGCGCGCUUUGAGCGCGUCAACGAGGGAGUGAACUCCACGUAUCGGUUCGUGGAGGUGAUUGAUCUGUACCAGGAGAAAAAGAGCUACAGAAUUGAUGUGCGCACACGAGAGUGCAGAGUGGAGACGAUCGACUAUGACUUUCACGCCCAUGAUGUGCCCACCGGGGGACGUUUCCGUGGCCUCUACUACCUCGGCUCGUCUGCAGAGGAAGAGGGUAGCAUUGAACUGUCCGCAUGGGACUUCAACUGGGUGACACGUGGAUAUUUCUGGGACGGCUCUUUCACAACGCACGGUUGCAUACCGUAUCACUCCAACGCCUUCAACGGAAGCACAUUCGGAGCUCGCUUUGAAUCAUUCUGGGAUGUGACCCCCGGCCUGCGUGAUCCCAACGUAUUUAUCCCACCACCGCAGUGCUUCCAGAACUAAUCAAGUACAGUUAGGAUAUUCCUUACAACAUGGCUCCACGCUCCGUGCCCCUCCCUGGGUGGAGUACUUGUGCUCGUCAGGCCUUAUUCAAGUUUUGUCCACAGCAAUUUCUCCUUGUGUUUACACAUUAUUGUAAUUAUCCUUCAUCACAGAACUUUCGAAUUCUAAGCUAGUACACCGUAACUAAAAA